AUGGCGUUUGCGGCGGCGGGGAAGGAGAUGGGGCGAGCGUCCUACAUCCGGAUCAAGCACGGGGAGGAGCGGCGCGAGGCGUCCUGGAAGGAGUCCGAGGGCCGGGUCUUCUCCGCCACCACGCGCACCGAUGUUGCCGUGCGCCUUGGCGAGCUCCGCGACCAGAUCCUCGCCGGUUGCGCCUCCUUCACCUACCUCGCCGCACAGCACUCCGGCUGCUCCUCCGCCCGCCGCGGCGGCGACCUAGAAUAUGGCAUGAACCGGAAGAGUAAUCGGUGCCGCCACCGGAAGGCUCGGCAGUGCUAA